AUGACCUUUUGGGCCAUAUUACAAAUACUAUUACUAUGCCCAUUACUCGGGUAUUGUGUCAUCGAACGUAUCACCAUACCCACCACCACAGCUACAGUACCCCGCUCCAUUACUCCGAAAGAGAACCUAGAUGGCUACGUAGACAGGAUAGAAGCGAUUGAUGUGAGCUCAAAUCAAGUUGUUAUCACGACCAGUAAAGUGGGACCUCCAGAGGAUGUACAAGUCUCAAUUGAUGUGGUCGAUUUAUCGACCGGAGAGAAACUACCGCCUAUCAAUCUGACUGGGAUUCUGCUGUUUAUCACUAGAGGUAAAGACGCCUUUUACAUUCUGAUUUUAAGACUAACAAUAAUAUACUAAUCACUUAUAUGACUAAAAUCUAAUUAAUCUUUGACCUUUUAAAUCUACGUUUCAAACUUAACAAAAAAAAUUCAGGACGAUACACGGUAAACUUCCUGAGACCAAACACAUGGUACGGAAUUGCCUUCCGGUCGAAACAACAACAUCGACCAGAAGGCCCGAUCUACAUCGACUUUGAAGAACAUUUGAUCAGAACUCAUAGAGAAGAUGGCUCUAACCUGGACGGAGAACCAAUAGUGUCAGUUGGUACUAGUAGACUCGGAAAUGACGGAAAAUCUGUGGAAAACCUGGUACUUACUUUGAAGUGGGAACAACAUCCAGAUGAAAGGUAAGAAAGAAAUUGAACAAUAAGAUUAACUAAAAUUAAGAAGUAUACACUUCAAACCCAUCUACUUGAUUUGUGUUAUUGAUAAACUAAUCUCGAUAUAAAUUUAAGACAAGACCUGGAUAUGGUAGCUAACGUCAGCUUGGUAUGUGACAAACAGAUCAAGUUCAAGCAGGUAUUUCUGAACAGACGAGAGAUCGAGAAGUCGAUUGAAGUAAAAGUAAGUAAAACUCAGUAAAAUAAUCCAUAAUGAACGUUUUAUGACUAAACCUUCCUAAAACCAUCUAACACAACAUAUAAAAACGCUCAUUUUCAGUUGGACAACAACUUCGAAGUCCUUGAAACCAACAACAAAAGUCGACAAAUAAUGGCAUCAAUAACUCCAAAACAUUGUCACAAGUAAGGCAACAUAACCAUGAGCUUUAAAACCUACAUUUUAAAGGACUUACUACAGUUUUAAUAUAAGACUUUACAACAACUAUAUAUUCCCGAAUAUAUGUUCUUCUACCACUAUAAUAUAAUAUUACGUUCCCCCAAACCUAUAAUUAACACUUCCAGAAUAUGUUGGCUAGGCAGUGUGUACUCGAAUGUCCAAGGAUAUAAUUUCAAAAGAGAAGUAGCCAAGAAGUGCGAAAGUAUAACAACUAUCACUACAACAGCCAAGCUAAGGGAGUACAAGAGCUAUGAAGUCAAGAACAACAGUCUCAUCGUACAUACGACGUACCUGAAGGAACAUAAUGAUACGAUAGAUAAGGAAUCGUAUGUUCAGUUGACUGCAAUACCUAUUCCUGAAAACUUCACUACGAAAGUGAAUUCGACUGAUGAUACGACUAGAUACAAAGUGUUCAGGUAGGGAAAUACUGUAUUUUUUUAAUUCUUUAAUAUAUGUAGUAUGAAGCACUAUGACAAUAUCAUACUAUACAUUAGUCCUUAGCCGUUCAUCGGUAUAACAUAUAUCCUAAUUUGCCUCAUGGUAAUUACCAAGCAUAACAGAAAAAUUAGCCUACGUGCCUUCUCUAUUUACAUUCAUCUUUCUAUUUCUUAUCCUAAUCCCCUUUUCCAGUCUAUCCUAAUCCCUUUUUCUAGUCCAGGAAACGAAGAAGAUACCACCUUUUUUAACACACCACAGUACGCCUUAUAAUAUCUUAUUUAUCACAUCUUAUAACAGCUGAUAACACCUUAAUAUACCCUAUUGUAGUCCAUAUAAAGAUAAUAUUUUCAGUACAUCAGAAGGAGACACUUACACUCUGCCUAAUCUCGUCCCCGGCAGAUUAUAUGCCACUCAAUACACUUACGUCAAGCAAUCUCCCUUUGCCUACGCUGAAUCUCGUCGCUUCAUAAUUGAAACACAGCUCAGGAACACCAUCGGACAUGCUGUGAAACCGAUCCAAGUCGAGGUUCACUUCCCCAAAAAGACGAAUUCGACCGAUUCAAAGACAAUUUCCGACAAUUCCUCGACAAAACCGACUGCCAAAGUGAAGUUAAACCCUCAGUUUCACAAAUACAAGGUAACAUUUACAUAGUUUUUUGUUUGAUUUUUUCAGAAAUUUGUUAAUUUUUCCGAAUUUUCCGAAUUAAUUAAGUUUGGUCCCGCAACCAAAAAUUGCGCGAUUGCCAAGCUUUCACAUUUCGAAAUAAUUUGGUAAACAAUUUUGAAAUAAAAGUAAACAAAAUCACUUUUUACGAAAUAAGGGAAACGCGCUCAUGCUACAGUAAAUUUGUCAAAAAGUUCUGAGAAAUCUACAUAACAUAAUAUAAUUUUUUAUUUUUUCCUUCUGUUUUUUGACCAAACAACUGUCACAUUGAACUAUAAGACCGAAAACCCCGUAAACCAACUAAAAACAUCAAGAACCUUUAAAACGACUUUUAGGUAGGAGUAGACCUGGAGCCCUUCUGCAACCAAAAGAACGGUACCCAUAUCUGGUUAGAUGCCGACCGUAAUGAAUUCAGACUCCCGACUUCAGACCUGGUGCAACUGCAACAGAAUCAGAAGAAGUGUAGUCCGAAUCUAUGCUACACUACUUCUAUGAUUGUAAAGGAGAAGGUGUACUCAAUGGAGAGACAUUGUCAGAAUCUGGCUACAGAUCUGCCUCCGCCGAUCCCGAUUCAGAGGGAUUCUGGAGUCUCACGGUAUUCUACAGCGUCCCUUUUGUUGUUUUACAUCAUGUACAUGUUACUGUAG